GAUCAUCCUACGAAAGUGUCAGUUGGGUAGCCAACGUUAUCGACGUCCUCUUCCGUCCGAACAAUUUCAGCGAGACUAACCCACAAUCUCCUGGGUUUCAACCCCGCUGCUCUUGAUGUAGUCCAAUUCUACUUGCUCCCAUCGAAAAACGGUAGCUACUUUGGGAACCAACAAAAACCAGGGGUUUUCACAAUUAUUUCAAUAUGUCGAAGAACGGAAAUUCACAGCUCAAGCCCAGCCCUAGGUCGGUACACUCGCGAUUCAGCGCGGCAUCUUUCUGCAACUUGACCGACUCGAACAGUAUUUGGGAUAUAGCUCCUCCGGGCGUGAAUUUGAAACUGGCGGAAUGGUCAGCCGAUCAUUUUCAGCGACGUGGUCGGCCUCUGAGAGUCGCUAUCGAUGCACAUUGCUGGCAAGUUUACUUUGAGAAUGAUUGCAAAGUCGACUGGCUACGCAAAAACUCUCGCGAGGUUAAUGCGGUCGAGAAAACGAUCAUGUACCAGAUUAUGACCUUGCUGGAGCUGAGCAUACACCUUCUCUUCGUCUUUGAUGGCCCAGAUCGCUACAGCCAAUACGAACCAGAUCCAAAUCCAAUCAAGCCGGAAAGGAUACGUUUGCUGAAAGACAUGUUAAACUAUCUAGGCGUCCCUUUCCAUCAGGCACCUGCGGAAGCAGCACCCACAUGUGUCAAACUCCAACAUCUAGGUGUUGUUGAUGCCGUUUGGACGCACCACAGCGCAGCUCUCACAUGUGGAUGCCGAGAGAUUGUCAUGUUCAAAGAGCAGCACCGACACUGGAAGGGUGCAGGGUUAAGUAACGAGUCCGCUAACAAGCGCGAUGCUCUGGCUUUGCUGCAACAGUGGGAUCUCGACCAGCCAAGUCUCAUACUAGGGCUCCUGCUUGGAGGAUGCGAAUAUUCAAAAGGCCUUCCGGGAGUCAAUCAUGAGGCUGCCCUCGAAAUUGCCCAGAACGCCAAGCAGCUGGCUGGAACAAUGUGUGAUGUCUUCAGUGAUGAUGGGAACAGGAUGGAGAGGAAUAAAUGGCAAGCACGUUUCCGGGCCUUUCUUAAGGACAACGGCUAUCACUCCGUGGCCAUUCCAAAUUGCUUCCCCGAUCCGAAGGCAAUUGAGCGCUACCGGAGUCCACCUGUGCGUUCAGAAGAAACGUUGCAAAAUCUGCUCUGCCUCCGACAUGGAUGGACACGGUCGUUGUCAGGGCUCGAACUCAACCACAAACUGCUCCAAGAAUUGACCAAGAUCUACGAUAUGUGGUCAACCCACGAAAUCAAAUGUAGAGUUUUGUCUUGUGUUGUUCAGAAAGGACUACACCCUGAACGGUUACCACGUCCCAAGCUUCAGAACAAGGGUCUGGUAAAACACAAGAGGAAGAUUGCUGAGCCUGGCCCAGAAGACACCACAAAGCAGAGUAAGAAGUCCAAAGUACCAGGUGUUGAUACACCAGUCGGAGCAAUUACACAGCUGGCUCCAAGAACCGAAAAAAGCGUCAAAACACAAAGCGAGAAGGUUUCUUCAUUGCCAUGGCAAUUUCGCAUCCCGCCCUUACCGCAUGGUUUAGGGUUUUCUCAACCACGACAGUCUCCAGUCGAAGCUCCAUGUUCGUCGAGUCUAGAAGUCCAUGACCUGUUAUCUCAAGACUAA